AUGGUAACAUCAGUCCUACCCUUCAACAAUGGUAACAUCAGUCCCUCCUACAACUAUGGAACGAUCAGUCCCACCGACAACUAUAGAAACAUCAGUCCCACCUUCAACUAUGGUUACAUCAGUCCUACCUUCAACAAUGGUAACAUCAGCCCCUCCUACAACUAUGGAAACAUCAGUCCCACCGACAACUAUGGUGACAUCAGUCCCACCUUCAACUAUGGUAACAUCGGCCCCUCCUACAACUAUGGAAACAUCAGUCCCACCGACAACUAUGGAAACAUCAGUCCCACCUUCAACUAUGGAAACAUCAGCCCCUCCUACAACUAUGGAAACAUCAGUCCCACCGACAACUAUAGAAACAUCAGUCCCACCUUCAACAAUGGUUACAUCAGUCCUACCUUCAACAAUGGUAACAUCAGCCCCUCCUACAACUAUGGAAACAUCAGUCCCACCGACAACUAUAGAAACAUCGGUCCCACCUUCAACAAUGGUAACAUCAGUCCUACCUUCAACAAUGGUAACAUCAGCCCCUCCUACAACUAUGGAAACAUCAGUCCCACCUACAACUAUGGUGACAUCAGUCCCACCUUCAACUAUGAUCACAUCAGCCCCUCCUACAACUAUGGAAACAUCGGUCCCACCUACAACUAUGGUGACAUCAGUCCCACCUUCAACUAUGGUAACAUCAGCCCCUCCUACAACUAUAGAAACAUCAGUCCCACCUUCAACAAUGGUAACAUCAGCCCCUCCUACAACUAUGGAAACAUCUGUCCAACCUUCAACUAUGGUGACAUCAGUCCCACCUUCAACUAUGGUAACAUCAGUCCCACCUUCAACAAUGGUAACAACAGUCCCACCUUCAACACUGGUAACAUCAGCCCCUCCUACAACUAUGGAAACAUCAGUCCCACCUUCAACUAUGGUAACAUCAGUCCCACCUUCAACAAUGGUAACAACAGUCCCACCUACAACAAUGAUCACAUCAGCUCCUCCUACAACUAUGAAAACAUCAGUCCCACCUUCAACUAUGGUAGCAUCAGUCCCACCUACAACAAUGAUCACAUCAGCCCCUCCUACAACUAUGGAAACAUCAGUCCCACCUACAACUAUGGAAACAUCAGUCCCACCUACAACUAUGAUCACAUCAGCCCCUCCCACAACUAUGAAAACAUCAGUCCCACCAACAACUAUGGAAACAUCAUUCCCUCCCACAACUAUGAAAACAUCAGUCCCACCUACAACUAUGGAAACAUUAGUCCCAUCUACAACUAUGAUCACAUCAUUCCCACCUACAACUAUGGAAACGUCAGUCCCUUCGUCAACUAUCGAAACAUCAGCCCCACCUACAACUUCAGGAAGUUCAGUUGCAGCAAAAACUUUACAACCGUCAGUCCCGACAACAAUCUUACAAAGUUCCGUUUCGCCAACAACUUUGUUUACGGUAACAAUGAUGGGCAACGUUACAAUACAAAUAGCAGAUCCCACGAACAAUGGUGCUGCAAUAUCUGCUGGAACCGCUGGCGUCGCUGCAGUGCUGAUGACAGCCGCCAUUCUUGCAAUCAUGUUCCUUCUACUUAAACGACGUCAUAUUUUAAACAGAUACGGCGAUUUAGAAGAAGCUGCACAGAAAGAAAAGAGAAUACCGUUUGUCCCACCGCCUGUGUUAACGGACAUCUACAAAGACCAGGCCAACAUUUACAGCCACCAUGGAGGACCGAUCUACUUUCCCAACAGGAAGGGAUUCAUGAAAGAACUUUAUGAAGGGGACUAAAAG